CUCUAGGCAGAGUACGUGAUAGCGGAGCGAAAAUUUCCGGGGAAAGAAAGAACCCUAGAUAACCAGUUUUUUUAGUGCUCCCUUCCGAAACAAUAAGCGAAGAGAAUAAUUGCCCGAUUUCUCUAUCUUUUGCUGUUUUCAUUUUCUUCGCUCCUGUUUUUCGACGAAUCAUUGUGGCUGUUCAUUUAAUUCUGUUUAUGUUUCGGUAGCUACUCUGUUUUAGAUUUUCUUUUUGGCUGUUUUCAGGCGACGAAACGAGUUAGGGGUGGAGUAGAGCAUUUAUUUUGGGGAGUCUAAUCUCAGCGUGUAUCUGCGCCGGUUUCUUUUUACGUCUCUGUUUCAUCUCCUCUUAUGAUGGGUUUUGUGUUGUGAAAUUAGGGUUUCUCAUAUAUCUGCUCUUUCCCCCCAUACGCAAAGUGUGGCCUUUGCUUGCAACAAAACUGUCAUUGUUACUGAAGGUGAGUUGUAUUUGGAUAUAAUGUCAUCAAGAUAUCCAGUUCUUGACAAUCGACCCAUUGAUCAGUGGAAGGUUACAGAACUGAAAGAGGAGCUGAAGAGAAGGAAACUACCUGUAAAAGGUUUGAAAGAUGAUUUGAUCAGGCGUUUGGAUGAAGACCUUCGCAGGGUGGCUGCUGAGGCCUCUAAGAAGGAUGAUGCUAGUGGAGCUGAUCUUGAUCCUCAGCCAGUAGGUGGGGCAGAAGAGUCACUGACGGGGACUACAGUUGCCAAAAUAGUUAAUACAAUUGAAACAGGAAGUGACAAAGCAAUUGAUACUGCUGAAAGGGGAAAUAUUUGUAUAACUGAACCAAUUGAAAGGGAAAACAAUGAAAAGAUUACUGAGGUUGUCGGUAUCGAUUGCAAUUAUAAUGAAAAACUGGAUGGUGUUUCCACCCCAGUUGAUGCCAAUGUUAGUGUGCCAGUCAUGGAUCAAGAAGUUGCACCUAAGGGCUUGCCUGAUGGUGGAGAAUCUAAGAUUGGGGAUGAGGAGCAAGUCACUCCUAGUUCUACUGUGGAGCCUGGUAUUACUGUCAGCGGGAGUGUUUUAACAGAAGAAGUAGCUAGUUGUCAGGAUUCUUACAGAACUGAAACACAAAAGGAGAAUGGGGACUCAGCAGCCAAGACGGAGAAUGAGGAGUCAAAUGUUCGGCUAGAAUCUGAAGAUCAGAAGUCCCAACCGGAGUGUGACAUAGAGCCCCAAAGCAUGGAUCUUAUGGUGCACUCUCCUGCUCCAAAAAAUCAGGUAUCUGAGGUCAACCCUAGUUUAGGGUCUCAAGUAAAAUCUGAUUCUAUUUCUAGUGAUUCUGUGUCAAUUAAUGAAAAGAAUGAACUAAAGGAUAAUAUAAUUGCUGAUAAUGUUAAAUUAGAACAAGAUAAUGUUAGGCCAGAGGUGUUGGAAUCAUCAUCCAACAAUGUUGUCCCUGUUUGUGAUGAGACAUAUCCUAUGGAUGUUGGAGACCCACCCAAGGAAAAGGCAUCCCUUGAAGAGAGGAGCAAUAAUAUUACAAGUUCAGACUUAAACAAGACCAAUGGCAUUGAAGAUGCUGGGUAUCUAGAAAAGUUAAACUUAGACAGAAGUUCUGGUGAAGAUUCCAUGGAAGAGGAUUUGCCAGAGAGUAAGCAAUUUGAUUCUAAGUUACAUGAUGCGGAACUUAGAAACAAGAUGGAGAAUAGUGAAGUGCCUAUUGUGAAGGAGGAAAGUGAUAGUAAAGAUGUAGGAGAUGUUGUAUCUGCAGGAAAAGAUUUUACCCACCAAGACAGUGAUAUGCAUCCUGCUGUCUCUGUUGAAAAAAGAAAAUUUACUGAUCAUGCGUUACCUGGGAACAAUGAGCCUGCCAAAAGGGUACGGCGGUGGAACACUGAAAUUGCUAAAGCUCCAGCUCCACAAAGCAGUGGUCUCACUUCUGCUACUACUCCCAAGGAUGAACCAAUUGCUUUGAAGCGCAGCUUCUCUAUGUCUAAUUCUUCAGCAGUUGAUGAAUCACCGAGAGAGCGCAUUGUUCCACCGCCAGAGAGAUCCCCGACAAAUUCCCUAAGAAUUGAUCGGUUUCUUCGUCCUUUUACUCUCAAAGCUGUGCAUGAGCUUCUUGGUAAGACUGGGAAAGUCGUUAGUUUUUGGAUGGAUCAGAUCAAGACCCAUUGCUAUGUCACUUAUUCUUCAGUGGACGAAGCCAUUGAGACUCGAAAUGCUGUGUAUAACCUCCAAUGGCCGCCUAAUGGUGGACGCCAAUUACUUGCUGAAUUUGUUGAACCUGAAGAAGUGAAAAUGAAGGUAGAGGCUCCUCCUGUUCAGGCUGUCUCGGUCAGUAGUGCUCCUGUAGUUCCUCCCACCCCACCUACCUCACAGCCAGAGCCUUCUCCUCGUCGGCACCAGGAGCAGCGGCCAGUUCCAGCUACUCUUCCACCUCCACCACCUUUGUCCAAACCGCCACCAGCAGCUAGAGAACGGCUUCCAUCCCCACCACCCCUUCCAGAAAAGGUUGACCCACCCAUUGUUACUCUGGAUGAUCUCUUUCGCAAGACUAGGGCAACACCUCGCAUAUACUAUUUACCUUUAUCUGAAGAGCAAGUUGCUGCAAAACUUGAAGCUCAUGGUAAAGUUACUAAGCAGUAGGAAGAGUUCUCCCCUGGAUUUUAUUGAUGAUUGCAUGGAAGUAUAGCUGGGUGCUUCUUGGCAGCUCUGCAGGUGUAUCUUGGGAGGGAAUUGGGAUUUGCCGAUGCGAAUAUGUAUUUGGCUUUUGAUGGGUUUGGAGUUUUCCCAGUUGAUCUGUUUGUUGGGCUUAUAUAGAUCUAGUGUUAGAACCGCCAAACUAAGAGCUUGUUGAUCUCGUAGAUUUUUCAUUUGGUUUGAACAUCCGCCUGAAUGCUUUUAGUUUUUUAAUUUUCUUACCGAUCAACUGAACUGAAAUUUAGCUAGUUGUGGUCUAGUCCUUCAAGGAGCAUUUUAUUAUUUGGAGCAAAAUGAUUAAUGGGAAUGCAA